GCUCUCUCCUUCACUCACAAACUCCAGGACGGUGCCGGGGGCAGGGGCUGGGCCAUGUCCCCCCGUCCCACCACCCUCCUGGGCCUGGUGCUCUGUCUGGGUCACACGAUGCACACACAGGCGGGGACCCUGCCCAGUCGCUCCACCAGGGCUGAGCCCGACUCUGUAAGCCCCCAGGGGUGGCCUGUGACCAUUGUGUGCAGGGGCCCUGCUGGGGCUGAGGAAUUCCGUCUGGAGAGGAAGGACAAUAGGAGUGACUUCAAGGAUGAGAAAACUGUGUUUCAAAUUGGUCCAUACCAGACAGAGGCCAGAUUCUGCAUCACCGCUGUGAGUAGAGACGCUGCCCAGCAUUAUCAGUGCCUCCAUCGAAAAGGUAAUCACUGGUCUGAGCCCAGUGAGCCCCUGGACCUGCCGGUGACAGGCCUGCCGACAGAGCAUCUUUAUAUUCUCAUUGGGGUCCCUGUGGCCUUUCUCCUUUGUCUCCUUCUCCUGGGCCUUUUCCUCCUCCAUCGUCGGCACGAGAGAAAACGGGGGCCCCCAAGAAGCAAAGGUGAGGAGCAGAGGCCCCAGGAGAGGCUCAGCCCCGCUGUUGACGUUGCAGAUGAGACACCAGAUCUGGCCACUGUCGACAGACUUCCUGAGAAGAGUGGGGAAGUGGACACCUCAGUGGCCCUCACUCUGCCACAUUCUAUUGGUCACACAGACCAACCCUGCUUCUCUGCGGGACGGGACUACACAACGGCGACUCAGGAGGCCUCUGCUGCAGGAGGCCCCCAGGAGGUGAUAUAUGCCCAGCUGGACCACCCGGCCUUCACACAGAGGGUGGCCAGAGCUGCGUCCCCACUGUCCACAGAGCCCACAGCCAAGUCCAGCAUGUAUGCAGUCCUUGCCAGAAACUGACCCCAGGCCCACCUGGCCUCUGCACUAAAGACACAGGAGGGCACUCUUGCAAAGCCUGCAGUGGACAUUUGGAGGGUUUCCCUGUGGAAUCGGCCCUUCCUGAAGUCAUCCGGUCAAUUCUCCUGCUGGCAAGAGCUGGAGUCCUGAGACCCUCCAAUCAACUUCUAGGAGAUUCAUUCACCAUGUGGCCCCUCCCACAAUCAACUAGCUCCUUGGAGAGGACGUGUAGUACGUGUUUCAGAGACCCAGCUGUGGCCCCUUGGCUGUUUCCAGAGAACCAGCUAUAGUGCUUGGCUGUUUCCAGAGACCCAGCUGCAGUCUCUUGGCUGUUUCUAGAGACCCAGCUAUGGUCCUACAGUCGCCCAGCUGAUUCCAGACACGUCCUGUGAAUCCUCCCCUGCCCCCAGAGACCUGUUUUGUUUUCUCAGCCGACUGUACGAACCUUCCUAGAGUUCAGUUGUUGAUCUUGAAUCUGGGCUACACUUAUGCGGCUCAUUGCUGAUACCCUGUUUUCUGGAUCAUG